ACAGCACCGCACUGCGCCUGCGCGGUGACGUCAACUAGCUCUCACCGCCGCCGCGGCCUCCAUUUUGCAGUCGUUUCGUUCCUGCUAGCCCCGCUGCUUCCCCCCUCCGUGUUGCAGCGUUAGUGACACAAAGUGCACGCAAAUACUGUAGAGAUAGUUUCAUGGACAUAACCAUGGCUGACCCAGCAGCAGACGUGGAGGUCCCGGAGGCCGCAGAGGUCCGCAAACUGUCGGAGCUGAGAGUUAUCGACCUGAAGGCCGAGCUGAAGAAGCGAAACCUGGACACCACGGGCGUCAAGAGCGUGCUGUCGGAGCGUCUGAAAAAGGCAAUCGAAGAAGAGGGUGGAAAUCCUGACGAGAUUAUUGUCACUCCGGAGUCGGCACCGAAGAAGUGCACAGCCAAACGCUCUGCUAAAGAUACAAGGCAAGAGAACGAUGAACCAGAGGACGGUACUAUCGAGGAGGAUCUCCAUGAUACCCAUGAGGAGCUUCAAGAUGAUCCAGAGAGCAUGCAGGAAAUGGACAUCCUUGAAAUGAAUGUUCUAGAUGAGACUGAGAAUGACAAUGGAAUACCAGCUGAGGAUGAAACCGAGAAUUUUCACCUCGACGAAGACGCGGUGAUGGACGAAGAGCAUGAAGACGCGCUCCUCGAGUCAGAAGAUGAAGCAAGAGGUCCAGAGGUGCAGAUGGAUGAGUCUGAGAAGUUGGAUAAAGAUGAAUACAUGACAUGCGCAUCAAUCAAUAUGGCUCAGGAUCCAGACGCAGAUGACGUAAAAGAAGAAACAGAAAAUGACAAAGUAGCCGGGUCUUGUUUAUCUGAGCCGCUUAACGAAGAUCACCACCAGAGCCACGAGACGAGUCCUGAAGAAGAGCAAGCUGCCACCGCCGGAGGGGAAGAAAAUGUGUCCGACACUGGUGCCAAGUCCGACAAGGCCGCCUCUGGAGAUGUGGAGAGCGACAGGGAUGUUGUGGAGACUGACACCAAAGAUGUUGGGGACACACAUAAUGUCCCAGAAGAGACACUUGACGCUGAAAACAAAAGCUCGCAGGCUGUUAGUGUAAGCAAACAGGGCGCUGUGGGUGAAACUGUUGAUUCAGAAAUGGGGUCUAAGAAGGGUGAGGAGGAUGAGAAGACAGAAGAGGAUGCUGCUGCGGAUUCAGCCUCGACUGUGAAAGAGUCCUCUUCUGUAGAGGGCGAUGAUCAGAAAAAGAGCUCUGAGGAAAAGGAUGAUAAGACCGAGUCAAAAGAUGAAAAGGCUGCUGGAAGUGGUGCUGCAGCAAGCAGUAGCAGGAAUCUGUGGGUCAGUGGCCUCUCUUCCACUACCAGAGCGACUGAUCUGAAGACUCUCUUCAGCAAAUAUGGCAAGGUUGUUGGAGCUAAGGUGGUGACCAACGCCAAGAGCCCCGGGGCUCGCUGCUAUGGCUUUGUCACCAUGUCUUCCACAGAGGAGGCCACCAAGUGUAUCAGCCACCUUCACAGGACAGAGCUGCAUGGCAGGAUGAUCUCUGUUGAGCGGGCCAAAAAUGAACCGGCGGGAAAGAAGCCAGCAGACAAAAAUGACACCAAGAAGUCUGGCGGCGACAGGAGACACUCCUCUGACUCCAAAUCUGAUGGAAAAGACGAGAAGUCUGAAGGAGAAGGAAAAGAUGGCAAAGGGCAAAAUGAGAGGACUGUAGUUAUGGAUAAGUCCAAAGGAGAGCCUGUCAUCAGUGUCAAAACCAAAAGCAAGGAACGAAGCUCAAAGAGCCGUGACCGCAAGUCACCCAGUAAGGAGAAGAAAGACAUCCUGUCAUUCGACCAGAUCAAGGAGCAGAGAGAGAGGGAGAGGCAGAGACAACGAGAGCGGGAGAUCAGAGAGGUGGAGAGACGCAGAUGCACUGACCGGGAUCGUGACAACCGUCCAGACCGCGAGCGCGAGCGAAUCCGUCUGUUCCGUGAACGAGAGGAGAGGAAACAUUUGCUCCGGAAGAAACACUGGCUGGAGGCUGAGAAACAGCGCCUCGAUGCAGACCGGAUGGAGCGCCAGUUCUUGGAGCGAGAAAGGCUACGUAUAGAGUAUGAGAGGCGGCGUGAGCAAGAAAGGAUCCUCAGGGAGCGCGAGGAACUGCGACGACAGCAGGAGCAGUUGCGUUUUGAACAGGAGCGACGCCCCGUCAAAAGGCCCUAUGACAUGGAUGGCAGGAAAGAUGACUGGCCUGAAAAACGCAUGGGCAUGGAUGACCGGUACGGUCGCUCAGACUUUACUCGACAGGAUCGCUAUCAGGACUUUGACCACAGGGACCGAGGCCGUUAUCAAGACGACAUGAUGAUGGACAGGCGUGACAACAACCGAGGCAUCGGUGCAGACAGAGAUGGUCAGCACUUCUCAGACAGGUCAGACAGACAUGGCAGAGAAGGCCGCGACUCCUGGAGUGGAGGCUAUGACAAACGCAUUAACCCCAGGGAAGGAAGUCGAGACUGGGACUCCAAUAGGAAGAUGGAUGGAGACAGAACAUGGCAAAAUAGAGACGGUGCUAUCCCAGGCCAGAGCCACAUAGCACGUGGAGGAAUGACAGGAAGCCGUGGAGGUUACAUGAACACCGGAACAUCUCAGUCCCUCUCUGGAGCGCUCAACAGACAGAACCAAUUGAUGCAGGGCAGCGGGCUACAGGGCGGAGCUUUCGGUCGACGCUACUGAUGUCUGUCUGAAGACAGUAAUGGUAGUCAGGAGGUCAUGUCAUGAAAGAUGUGACCGUUGGUUUUGUACAUGUUUUUAAAAACAGGAAUUCUUUUUUGACACAAUUCCAAUCCAUUUUUGACGGAGACCGUUUUUCUCAGUUUGCUUCCUAAUUAUUUUUUCUCUGUACAGUGUGAUGUAGUGAUCUCCUGCCUUGUAUUAGCAGUGUCAUUCACUCCAACCCACCUCGUUUACUGUAACACAAACUGUGUGCUCGCAAGACUCUGUUGGCCUGUGGUGGAGCGUCACGUCAGAGCUCUGUGUUGUAAAUUCAGAUGUUUUAUAGACACCGGGGCUGAUGGACCUACCCUCACCUGUCUUCUCUCUAUAUCCCAGUUUGUGUCUGAAAUAUUUUGGAGGUUAUCCAUCCUCAUGAAAUGAGUCUUUGUUCCGAUUCAUUUGUUCAGAGCUUGAGGCUUCUGUUUGACGUUUUUAUUUUUAUAAGACAGAUGGUGAAGUUGUGCUGCUGAUGAAAGGUUUUUGUCACUUUUGGAUUAUCCAUACUUGUCAGACUUUUUAAUAUUUGAACCAGUGUUUUUUCUUUUUCUUUUUUUUGUAUAUAGUUUUUGAUUUGUGUGAUUGUUGGAAAAUGGUAAUAAAAGCCCAUGGAGUGUGUAUGAGUUCACUAUCUAUUAAUUGAUUAAAAUCUAAAAAAUUUAUGUAUUUCUGUUACUCAAA